UAUUCAGAGCUCGUUCAGCGUCGUCAAUGGCAAGCAAGCGUUGUGGUGGAAAAGCGCAUACUGACUAGCGACAAUAACUUCCAAACGCACCAUGGUUUCGACAUCGAUUCCUUGCCUGUGGAUUACAUUUUGCCUUCAUUUAUGUUGUUACACGAACCUAGGAAUAGCACAAAAUACGAAAGAAGUGAUCCUGUUGGAUUCUAAAGCUCAGCAGACAGAGCUGGAGUGGAUUUCCUCUCCUCCUAGUGGGUGGGAAGAAAUCAGUGGACUAGAUGAAAACUAUACCCCCAUCCGCACCUACCAGGUCUGCCAGGUCAUGGAGCCCAAUCAGAACAACUGGCUUCGGACUAACUGGAUAGAGAAGGGCGAUGCCCAGAGGAUUUUUGUGGAACUGAAGUUCACCUUGAGGGAUUGUAACAGUCUACCAGGUGUGGUGGGGACGUGCAAGGAGACGUUCAACCUGUAUUACCAGGAAACCGAGUCCGAGGUCGGUAGGAAUAUACGAGAGAGCCAGUACGUGAAAAUUGACACUAUUGCCGCCGACGAGAGCUUCACCCAGGGAGACCUGGGGGAGAGGAAGAUGAAGCUGAACACCGAAGUGCGCAUAAUCGGGCCUCUCUCCAGGCGGGGGUUUUACCUUGCCUUUCAGGACGUGGGGGCCUGCAUCGCCCUGGUGUCCGUCAAGGUGUACUACAAGAAGUGCUGGUCUAUCAUUGAGAACCUGGCCACCUUUCCGGACACGGUGACCGGGUCGGAGUUCUCCUCCCUGGUGGAAGUGGAGGGGACGUGCGUGAGCGACGCCGAGGAGGAGGCCGACAAUUCCCCCAAGAUGCACUGCAGCGCUGAGGGAGAAUGGCUGGUGCCCAUUGGGAAAUGUAUCUGCAAAGCUGGAUUUCACCAGAAGGGUGAUGCGUGCGAACCCUGUGGCCGCGGGUUCUACAAGUCUUCCUCCCAGGAUCUGCAGUGCUCCCGGUGCCCGGCGCACAGCUACAACGACCGGGAAGGCUCCUGGCGCUGCGACUGCGAGGACGGCUACUACCGGGCCAUCUCGGACCCGCCCUCCGUGGCCUGCACGAGACCCCCCUCGGCGCCGCAGAACCUGGUCUACAACAUCAACCAGACCACGGUGAGCCUGGAGUGGAGCCCCCCGGCGGACACGGGCGGCCGCAGCGACGUCACCUACAGGAUUAUGUGCCGGCGGUGCAGCUGGGAGCCGGAGGAGUGCGCGCCGUGCGGCGGGAACGUGGGCUACUCCCCGCAGCAGUCUGGAUUAGCGGACACCUACGUCACCGUCCUGGACCUGCUGGCGCACGCCAACUACACCUUCGAGGUGGAGGCCGUCAACGGCGUCUCGGACCUCAGCCGCACGCAGAGGCUGUUCGCCGCCGUCAACAUCGCCACCAGCCAAGCAGCUCCCUCCCAGGUCAGCGAAGUCAUCAAGGAGAGGGUUCAGGAGCGGAGCGUCCAGCUCUCCUGGCAGGAGCCCGAGCAGCCCAACGGCGUCAUCACCGAGUACGAGAUCAAGUACUACGAGAAGGACCAAAAGGAUCGUAUUUAUUCAACGGUGAAGUCGAGGUCAACUUCAGCCACGGUGAACAACCUGAAGCCGAGCACGGCCUACGUGUUUCAGAUCCGAGCCUUCACUGCCGCGGGGUACGGCACGUAUGGGCCCAGGCUGGAGGUCACCACAAAAGAGGAGGCGACAGCCACAAUUGUCUCCAGCGAACAGAACCCCGUCAUCAUCAUCGCAGUUGUGGCCGUGGCAGGAACCAUCAUCCUUGUGUUCAUGGUGUUUGGCUUCAUCAUUGGGAGAAGGCACUGUGGAUACAGCAAAGCAGACCAAGAAGGAGACGAGGAGCUGUACUUUCAAUUUAAAUUUCCAGGCACCAAAACGUACAUUGACCCCGAAACCUACGAGGACCCGAACCAAGCAGUCCACCAGUUUGCCAAAGAGCUGGACGCCUCCUGCAUUAAGAUUGAGAGAGUCAUCGGCGCAGGGGAGUUUGGAGAAGUGUGCAGCGGGCGCUUGAAGCUUCCUGGCAAGAGAGACAUGUCAGUCGCCAUUAAAACCCUUAAGAAUGGCUACACGGAGAAGCAGAGGCGGGACUUCCUGUGUGAGGCCAGCAUCAUGGGACAGUUCGACCAUCCAAACGUGGUCCACCUAGAAGGCGUCGUGACCCGUGGAAAACCUGUCAUGAUUGUGAUUGAAUACAUGGAGAAUGGAUCAUUAGAUGCAUUCCUUAGGAAACACGACGGCCAGUUCACAGUCAUCCAGCUGGUGGGGAUGCUUCGGGGUAUCGCGGCCGGGAUGAGGUACCUCUCCGACAUGGGAUACGUCCAUCGGGAUUUGGCCGCGCGCAACAUCCUUGUCAACAGCAAUCUCGUAUGUAAAGUGUCCGACUUCGGGCUGUCAAGAGUGAUGGAGGACGAUCCCGAGGCUGUUUACACGACGACGGGGAAGAUGCAGGACAUAAUGAAUUUGACCUUUACCCCAGCAAAUGAUCUGCAUUUUACUGAACAGGGCGGAAAAAUCCCCGUACGGUGGACGGCGACAGAAGCCAUCCAGUAUCGCAAAUUCACGUCCUCUAGCGAUGUGUGGAGUUACGGCAUUGUCAUGUGGGAGGUCAUGUCCUAUGGGGAGAGACCCUAUUGGGACAUGUCCAAUCAAGAUGUAAUAAAGGCGAUUGAGGAGGGCUACCGUCUCCCCGCCCCCAUGGAUUGCCCGCCUGGCUUGCACCAGCUGAUGUUGGACUGUUGGCAGAAGGAAAGGGCCGACCGCCCCAAAUUCGAUCAGAUAGUCGGCAUCCUCGAUAAAAUGAUUCGCAAUCCCAACACUUUAAAAACCCCCGUUGGAACAUGUACAAGGCCCAUUAGCCCCCUGUUAGACCAGAACACACCGGACUUCACCACUUUCCGCUCAGUCGGAGACUGGUUGGAAGCCAUCAAAAUGGAGAGGUACAAAGACAACUUCACGGCGGCCGGGUACAGCUCGUUGGAAUCUGUGGCGAGGAUGACUAUUGAGGAUGUGAUGAGCUUGGGAAUCACUUUAGUGGGCCAUCAGAAAAAGAUCAUGAGCAGCAUACAGACUAUGAGGGCUCAGAUGCUGCACCUCCACGGGACGGGCGUCCAGGUGUGACUGACGACACUGCCCCCUGCAGGGCGGGCAAAGACUUACCCAGAACAAUUCCACAGCGCUACUGUGGACAAUCAUAGAAAAACAUGAAUGAAUACAAGAAAAAAAAAAGACAAAAAAAAACAAAAAAAAAAAAAAACAAAAACGUGUUGCUUCCCGUGUGUGACUCUUACGGAUUUACGGAACUUAAAAACAAACAAAAAAACAAAUCAUUCCUUUGUUCCUUGGCGCCACUGACGAGAAGGAUCUUAACCUUUUCCGGCCGCUGAAGAAGAGAGAAACUACCUGGACAUCUAGAAUUUUCCAAUCUCUGAGGAAAUCUGAACCACAUAUCAAGAAAAGUGAAGAGGAGCAAUUUAAUUGGAGGCUUUUUAUUUUGUUCCUUUCUAACUUUGUACAUUUUUUUUCCCUCCUUUUUGGCCAUAAUCAGUAUGGAUUUCACAAAAACAUUUUGUCCAUAUUGAAGACGCUUUUUUGCGUGCAGUGGUGAUUUCAAUGCCAUUUUUAUUAUAGUUCUGUUUAUUCGUGUCAGCCAUAAUGAUAUGGUGUGGUAUGUAAACAUAACAUUUGUUCUUCUCUUUAUUUCUUUCCUGUUUUUAUUUGUAUUUUUAUUUGAAAUUGACAACAGGGUAAAGUCUCCCAUCCAAAAUGUGGAUUAAAUAUGGCUGGCGGUAUUGUUGGAUGUUUAGGCAUGACCAGUUUGUGUUGAAGCACUCUUGGUUCUUUUAAUUGUUUGCAGUGAGAUUUCUUUGCCCCAGUAUUUUGCUUGAAGGUGAAAGUAAUAUCUUGCACUGCAGUUGCUAUUUUAGAGACAAUAUUCACUUGGAUGUUUGAAGCUUACAGGGGUGUUUUUUAGCAUACUUAUUUGAAAAAAGAUGGUCAGAAUUUUUUAAAGGAAUACCUAAAAUGAAAAACAGUGAAACAUUACAUAUACCAUGAAAGAAAAUCACUAAAUAUAUUUGUGAAUAUCAAAGAUAAAUGUGGAGACAUUUUUUUACACAACCACUGAAAUCAUUUCAUUUUAUUAAACAAGGAUUAGAUUCUGAGAAUCCUGUUUUUUAAAUAUUUAACAGAAACACUCCACGGAUAGCACUAGAGAACGAUUGUAUUGAAACUAAAGGACGGAUUCAAUAUAAUGAAAAAAAAAAUUUUGCUAUAGUGAUACCUUAAAAAAAUCACUUUAUAAUUAAAGGUAGUAUUACUUUUCAUAGUAACUUACACAUUUUUAAUCAUUUAAAUAAAAAUGAAAAAAUGUGCAAGUCUUACCUGAAAGCAACACUGCCUUAAGUAAGCUUUUGUUUUUUUGUUUGAUGUUUGUUUUUUCUGGUAUCAGUAAGGCAUAAAUGCUGUGCAGUUGAAUCUUCCUGAAGUUUACUUUAAGGAACAGAUUUUUUUUUUCCUUUUGAUUUUCCAAUAAUAUUGUGGUAUCCUACCUAGAACUUGAAUAAAUGAAAUGAAUCAAUCCUUUCAUUCAGAGGUUGAAGUGAUAAAAAAAAAUAAAAAAAUGUUUGUGUACGAUUAACGGUGCGGUUAACUCGACCAAACAGAGCAAUAAUAACUCCAGAUAAAGCAUGUCAUCUUCUGAAAUGUCACGGUGCUAGGUUUUAUAGAUAUGCUGUAGUGUUGGGGUGCAUUCAGUCACUGAAUGGAUUUGGAGUAUACAUUGACCUUUUUCAAACAGCAGGUUGCCUGGUGAGCCUUUUGGUUAUUUAUUUAUGCGCAUCUGCUUAGUCUGUCCAGGCGUUUGUGUAGCUGUAACUUACGUACAUGAAACUAGGUGUAUCCUUUUUCUCUACCCUCCCCCCUUUUUAAGUUCAAAGGGGCACGAUGACGAGAAGUGGCCUCUGCACAGGUGUGCUCGCAGCCAAUGUACUGGUGCCAUCGCAGUCAUGUUUGUACAACAAAUGAAUGUGUUAUCUUCUUGAAUUUUGUCUUCAGAAUUGUAGUCUUUUGACGAAUAAUUUCCUUUUUUUACUGAAUAUUAAGAAAACGAUACGUGUAGGUAUUUCAAAUUGAAUGGCGUAAGGGGUUGUUCUGAACUUUUCAGAAUUCUGAAAAAAAACAUGAAAAAAAGAAGGUGUGGAUGUAUAAGCAAUAUUUUUGAGAAACAUCUGAUUUUGUUUAUGGAAAAAUGUACAUCUUUGGAAGAAAAGCUGAAUUACUUUCAGAAAAUAGUUGAGUCUUCUCUAUAAGAAGGUGACUGUCUCUUGACGUCCUUGUAUUUUGUCAAGGCUGGGAAGCAGUUUGAGUUGACUGUAUGGGAACUACAAUAGGAAGCCAGCCUCAGAAAGCAUGCCUCAGUGGAAAGCUUGACUCAUUUAUGUUUAAACAUAAAAUCAACGGCUAGUCACUUCCGUUCUAUGACUCCUUUGUGAGAGAUUAGUCAGAAAUCUGACCUGUGUCUGGAUGUGUCUAUGAACCAUUUUCACCCAUAUGGUUAACCAAACCAGGAACCCUUGGAAGUCUACCCAAUGCCCGCACAGGGAUUUUGGAAGCAGACCGUGGCAUCUGGUCUCUGUGUCACAGGCCCACUUUCUAUCUGUACAGCAAACCUCAGCAAUUGGUUCCCUGCCAGACGUUUCAAUUGAAUACCAGCAUAAACACAUUAGUCAGCAGCACCCCGCCCCUCCCCCUCUCAGUCACCCUGCAUUGCUACCAAAGGGCCAGCCAUGUUCCGCCCUUACAGGCCAGGCCUUGAUGUCAUCCCCUGCUCCACCCCUCCCCUCAGGGUUUUUGGUUCCUAUAGAGACAGAAAAGGUAGGCCAGCAUGAGAUUACAACAUUAAAAUAUGUGGUGGGAAAAAAUGACUAUAGGAAAGCUAGAAGUGUUGAAAAUUGUGGACACCCCCUUUCAAGUGUGGCAGAUGUUUCCAAAGAGUAAAGCACUGUUGAUUGUGAAGAUCUUAGAGAUCUGAAAAAAGAAAAUGGAAAAAAAAAACUUUGUAUAUGGUCUAUUGUAAAACUUGUACAUUUUAUUUAUAUUGUUGUUUUUUACACACAUUUCUCUGUAGUGAGCUCUGAAUACAUUAAAAAUGCACUAUAUUUUUCUAUCUCACUUGCAGAUUAUUGUCACCCAGAUAAUUUCAGUUGUACAUAAUUUCUCAUUUAGGACCAAAGAUGGCUAAUAGGUUUUCCAUUUUUUGUUUGGUUAUUUUUUGUUUUGUUUUGUUUUGUUUUAGAUUAAUGUACAGUAAGAUAAAUUGUCAAUGUAUUAUUUAUUUUUCUGUGAUGAGAGUAUUGAGAUGAUUCACUGGUCAGAAGUAUUUUCCCCUACAGCAGAACUGUAAAAUCAUUAACCUAGGCAAUUUAUUGUUACAUAGACAUUUCUUUUUUGCUUUGUAACCUUUGUAAUAGACUGUACAUAUAUUUUUGGAAAUAUAAUACAAUCUCUACAGAAAUCUUGUUUUUUUCCCCACUGAAGUCUAUCAACCGAAUGCUGAUUAUUAGUGGGCUACUUGUUAAGAGGUGAUGUCUGUUGCCUUUGGUUUCUCAUUGGGGUUUUAACAAAUGUUAAUGGGUCGUUGCUAUGGGAUUACAAGUCACUGUGGUGUAAUCUUAAUGAAUCCAUUGGCAAUUAAGUCACCACACUAAAUCAGACUGUGUGCUGUGAAAGUUGACAAA